CUUAGGUCCGCCCCCCGGAAGUUGCACAUAAACUGACGAAGCUACGCAAAUGAAGACAUGAGUGCCAUGGCGGAGGGGAAGGUGUGAGAAGAAGCCCCACCCCCCUCGUUUCGCCGCCUCCAAUAAAGCACGCCAAAAGACGCCACAUCCAGGGCCGUGUGUGGAAGUAAGGCGACACCACCACCACCACCGCGGAGGAGGAGGAGGACGGACGGACGCUCCGGGGAUGAUUGAUUGCGAAGCUGACUCCGCUGCAGCAGUCGGUAGAGGGUGAGAGGACAUACCGGGACGUCGUUUUGCGGAACCGAAAGGAGGGUGCUUCCCCAUCGCAAAGUGUGCAUUCACCCUGCAGGAUGCGACACAGCCGCGGCUCACCUCGCUAGAGCGGGCUGCACCAGAACCUGACUGCAUCUGUGACAACUUUCCUCCUGGCCUCUGGAGCCAACUUGGGACACGUAGACGCAUCCCAGGCUGGAUUUUAAAGCAGGUCUAUCCUCCAGAGAUGGAGAGGGUCGAACCGGAACAGGAGCGGGAGGCUGAGGUGCCCAUGCACAGUGUGCACGGAGCAAACCGGACCAGGCCGUCCUCCUACCGGGCCCUGCGCAGCGCCGUGUCCAGUCUGGCCCGCUUGGACGACUUCAGCUGUGAGAAGAUAGGAGCUGGGUUCUUCUCUGAGGUGUUUAAGGUGCAGCAUCGCGUGUCAGGCCAGGUGAUGGCGUUGAAGAUGAACAUCCUGGCCAGUAAUCGGGCCAACAUGCUCAGGGAGGUCCAACUCAUGAACAGACUGUCACACCCAAACAUCCUCAGGUUCAUAGGAGUGUGCGUCCAUGAGGGGCAGCUCCAUGCGCUCACUGAGUACAUCAACGGCGGCAACUUGGAACAGCUGUUGGACAGCGACGUCUUCCUCUCAUGGAGCACACGUCUCGGCCUGGCGCUGGACAUCGCCCGCGGCCUACGCUACCUGCACGGCAAAGGCAUCUUCCACAGGGACCUCACAUCCAAGAACUGCCUGGUGCGCUGGGAAGGAGGCCUCUGCUCGGCUGUGGUGGGAGACUUUGGCUUGGCGGAGAAAAUCCCGGAUUACAGUGAAGACACAGACCAGGAGCCUCUGGCUGUGGUGGGCUCCCCCUACUGGAUGGCUCCGGAAGUGCUGCGGGGUGAAGUGUACAAUGAGAAGGUGGAUGUGUUUGCCUACGGCAUCAUCCUGUGUGAAAUAAUUGCAAGGAUACAGGCUGACCCUGACAUCCUACCACGCACUGAGGACUUUGGUCUGGAUGUGGAGGCCUUCACGCAGAUGGUUGGAGACUGUCCCACAGACUUCCUGCACCUGGCUAUCCUCUGCUGUAACCUGAGCGCCAAGCAGCGUCCAUCUUUUUCUCAUAUUGUGGUGGAUCUCGAGAAGAGGUGGCAGAAAGAUGAGCCCACAGUCUCGGACGUUUCUCCAGCAGCUGGCCCGCUAAGGAGGCGGUCCCUCGGUCUGCCGUCGGACCCCCGCCUCUGCCGCAGCAAAUCGGACAUGCUCCACACCCCGGACGCGUGCCCGUCUGUCAGCCUGGUCGCUCCCGCCCGAGUCAACCCCUUCUCUCAUCGAGAGGACCUGAAAGGCGGCAAGAUCAAGCUCUACGACACUCCCAGCAAGUCGGUCAUCUCCCUCACCUUCACCCUGCCGCCGCUGCCCGACCCCCACAGCGGCCCUCGUGAGGCCAACCCGCUCCGGAGGCACCGGUGCUGCCACUCGCUGCCGUGCAUGCCACCCCCUCACAUGACCACCACCUUGAGCAUUGUCCUCGCCGAGGAGACGUCGCUGUGUGACGCUGUGAACUGUGAAGACGAGGGACUGCUUGAAAGUGAAAAGGAUGUGUGGGAAGAGGGCGGAGCUACUCACCCGGCGGAUGAUUCUGGCCUCCCGCCAUCCCUAGAACCUCUCUCAGUGGAAAAGGAGGAGGAACCUAUGGACUGCACCAGCUCCCCAGAUGCACAAGACAGCUCGUCUUCGUACUCUAAGCUCUCCUCCCCUCCCUCCCACUUCUCCACGCCCCACCAGUCCUCCUCUCCGCCCUUUUCAAAUGGCUGGACGUCAUCUAUCGCCUCCCGCCUGCCUCAUUUGGACAACAGCAAAGCGGUUGUGAACGGACCUCUGGUUUGGAGCGGUGCCACCACCGUGACCAACAACAACCGCUACCACUCGCCAUCCAGUGAGAUGGCCGCUUUGUCACCGUUCGGCUCCGACAGUGUUCAGUCUCUGGAUCAGGAGGAGGUCAUCUCCUGCCCGGGCUGCUGCCUGGCGAGCCUUCGCUUCCCGUCAGUAUGUCUCAGGGCGCCGCCGAGGAGGAACACCUACAAGACCCUAAACGGGGACCACACAGCCUCCCGCGGGCUGCUCUGUCCUCCCACACCGACCACCACCACCAGCGUGGAACCGGCGCUCGGUUUGCCCAAAGCGCACACCUAAAUUUGCCCCCUCCACUCGAAAAAAAAAAUCCCUGCAACUUGUGGGUGUUUAUAUGUUGUGGGUGUUAUAAUUUGCACAUAUUUUAAUGCAGCAAUAUAAAUGCGUGUUUCAGUUACCUGAACACGUUGUGGCCUCUGGUGUGUUAGCUUAGCUUUGGUUUGCACGGUGGGUGCCCACUGCUGGGCUGAGGGUGUCUUACCUGCGUGGAUGACUGAUGAUCACAGUAUCCAGCAUGUAAACAUGUUGGCUUCCUGUCACAUGACCAUUGACUGAUGCUCCGAUGAGGAAUGUUAAAGCUUAGUAUUACUGUUGCAAUGUUCCUUUAGUUUUUUUUUUUUUUUUGAAUGUUCGGUGCUCUUAAGCUUUAAUGUCUUUAAAAUAUUCCAGAAUUGUUCAGUGCGCCACUGAGUUGUGUGUGUGUGUGUGUGUUGAGAGAGACUGUGUGCCUACUGUUCCUUUGGCUAUUUUUGUUGUUCAGUCUGUUGGGCCCCCUUUGGGUUGUCACUUAAAGCACUUCAACUGUUAUGGACUGCAAUGGACGGUCCAAGACCUGAUUAAGAGUUGUUUGUAUUGUUAUUUAAAAUGAAUAAAAAUAAAGAAUGCAGAGGUGUUUUUCCCUGUUUCAA